AUCAAAUAUGUUCGAUGCGAACUAGCCGGUUCAUGUGUGAUAGCCAGGCCAGGGACUUUGCCACAGCAGCUACGGAGCCCCAUAUCAACGUCGCACACGCACGCACUGCACAACAUGUGCGCGCGUGUGUGUGUGCGUGCUAAAAGGAAGGCUAUCAUCGGUAAGGGUAGGGCGGGCGGGCUUGGACAGAUGGGUGGGGUGGACAGGCCUUCGAGUGCGACUGGCAUGUUGGUUUGCGGUCGUCGGAUGUGCCGUGCUUAGUCUACGUGCUGCCCUACACUGUGAUUGCUGCAUAUAUACGCGCGAGCGCAAUCCCCCACGUAACAAGGCCUGCUCUGCUGGCGUGUUGUUUUGUUGUUGUGUCUGUUUAUACUCGUGCUCGAAGGACGAGAAAAGGGAUAUACUGCAACUAUCAACUGCUAGCAGCCACAAGCAACCACACCGGCGUUCACCGGUCCUCCGGUAUCUUGGAUUCUCGCGUCAGAACACGGUUCGUUUGGGGAAGUCCCGGUCCUGGAUGUGUGCCAAAACUAACGCAGGAAACCGACGAGAGUCUGACUGACUGGUGCAUCGAAUGUAGAAGGAACCGCAUAACUGAGCAGGCGCAGCAGUGUUUUUGUAAGGCACGACUCAUACGGAGAGCGAGUGAGCGAGAGAGGCAACAUACAGUGACCGUACUGGAGAACCGCUUACGCAAAAACUGCCCCAAACCCAACAAGCGAGAAAGAGAGAAAGAGUGCGUGUGUGUGCGUGUGUGUGAAAGAGAUACCGGAUCUUCAACGUACUAACGAUGUUACAGGCAACGGAUGACUGCACCAACAACGGUGGCCGUACCGACGUCCAACAGCUGUCACUGGUCGUCCGGGAGCAGGCAGUGGUCGAAGGAGCCACCGAGAUACUGAAGGUUAUCAGGCCGGACUGGUGUAGCGACAACGUGCGAUUUAAGCUCUUCACCGAUGGUAUCACGAACAAGCUGGUCGGAUGUUUUAAGCAACCAGCUGGAACCGAUGAUAGCGACCGUACGCACGAGCCGGACGAUGUUGUGCUGAUCCGGGUGUACGGUAACAAGACGGACCUACUGAUCGACCGACGUAAGGAGACGGAAAACAUCAAGCUAUUGCAUCGUUACGGUUACGCACCUGCCCUAUACGCCACCUUUGCCAACGGUCUCGCGUACGAAUACGUGCCGGGUGUGACGCUAACACCCGACACCUGUCAGGAUGACGGCGUAUGGCCGCUGGUUGCCCGCCGGAUGGCCCAAAUGCACAAAGUACAGGUGGAUGACCCGUCCGCCAACAGCGAACCUGCGCUCCCGGCAAAGCUAGACCAAUUUCUGCGGCUCGUUCCUAACCGCUUCAGUGACCCACUCAAAGACGAACGCGUGUGGAAAGUGUUUCCCAGCGUUGCCGAGCUGCGGGACGAGUUUGAUGCGCUGUACGCGAGGUUACUCGAAACGAGCAGCCCGGUUGUCUUCUGCCAUAACGAUCUACUGCUCGGGAACGUGAUCUACGACGAGGCACGAUCACGCGUCACCUUCAUCGACUACGAGUACGCCGGUCCGAACCAUCAAGCGUUCGACAUUGGCAACCACUUCACUGAGUUUGCCGGCAUCGAUGAAAUUGACUACGGACGCUACCCAACGCCUGACUUUCAGCUACGGUGGGUACGGGUGUACCUGGAGGAGUAUCAGGGCGAAUCGGUGCCGGUAACGGACGCCGCCGUCCAGCGGCUGUACGUGCAGGCAAACCAGUACGCGCUGGCCUCACACUUCCUGUGGGCGAUAUGGGCCCUCAUACAGGCGGAACACUCAACCAUCGAUUUCGAUUUCGUGCAAUUCGGAGCUGCGCGGUUCCUCGAAUACCGUCGACGGAAGGAAGAAUUUCUCGCGCUCCGCUUUACCAACUAACACGGAUGCACUGUGGAUGGUAGUAGUGGACUUCCUACACUCCCAGAACGCACGGAACAUAACAUCCGGGACAGAGCAGGCUCUGUCUCGAUAUAUCUAUGUUCCUGCUUACUCUCGCCAACAUUUGCCACAACCAUGCUCAAUCGUUUUUUAUUUACCAAUCAGUACCCUCAAACCAACCUACCUUCUGCAAACAACUCCCUCCUUUUCGUCAUUGCAAAUGACGUACCGCUUUUACCAUCCUUACUUUAGUCCUUUCGGAAGUGUUUGGGAAGUGUUAUGCUCGAAUCGGAGAUCAGAGCAAAAAAUCAGAUACUCGGAAACGAUGCUAGCGGCAGUGCAGGCAAGGGUAGGCUAUGGAAAAAAAAUUAGCUAAUCGGUGCUAGUACCAGUACAAAAAGCAAGUGAAGUUAGAAAAAAAAGGCAAAAGACUCAUCAAUUUCCAAAGCAACUGCACCGCCUACGUGCACGAUCUUAUAUAUUUACUGGCUGUUUCAUUCCAAGCAUGUGGGUGCACUAGUGGAAAUAAUUGGACAGAUAUCAGGGGGCCAAACCAGGAUAAAAAAAAGAAAGAAACCAAACACACACACACACAAGCAAACCUACGCGGGAUAGG